UUGAGUUAAGGGUCUACAGAAAACAACUUCUAUGCCUCACAAAGAUAAAGGGUAAAGUCUGCAUACAUCAACUGAGUAUCCUAGUUGACUAUGAUUUGACAUUAGAAGUAUAUUGACUUUCUUGUCCUAAGUGUUUUGGAGCACAAAAUGGCACAAAAUCAAACAACAUUUGUGAAUCAAAAGCUAGUGUUUUUUGAGAAUACUAAAGAGGAGUAUGAUUUAGUAGACUUGUUGAGAUCAGAAGCAGAGCUAUUGGGAAAGGGAACUUUUGGAAGUAGCUACAAGGCAGAAUUGGAAAAUGGAAAAAUUGUGUUUGUUAAGAGGUUAAAAGAUUGUUAUUUGGUUAAAGAGGAAUUCAAGAAAAAGGUUCAAGAAUUGGCAAAAUUGAGUGAUCAUCAGCAGAGUUUGCUUCCACUAAGAGCUUUUUAUUAUUCAAAAGAUGAGAAACUUCUUGUAUUUGAUUACAUGACUAUGAGUAGCUUGGCCUCCCUUUUGCAUAAAAAUGGAGAGGCUAAGAAAUCCCAACUCACAUGGGAAGUAAGGACUCGAAUCUCUUAUGGAGUUGCUCGUGGCCUCGAAUUUCUCCAUGCUCAGGACCCUAGCAAUUGCCAUGGUAACAUAAGGUCAUCCAAUGUUCUACUCACCAAUUCUUUCGAUGCACGUCUCUCAGAUCAAGGAUUAUUCAGAUUUUUCAUGUCAAACCCCAAAUUAGCCCUCAAAGCGGACUAUCAAGCACCAGAAGUGGGAUAUGCCUACGACAUUUCUCAAAAAUCAGAUGUCUACAGCUUUGGUGUCAUGUUGUUGGAAUUACUAACGGGUAAGGCCCCGUUAGACACCAUUGGCAAGAACAAAGGGGUUGAUUUGCCUAGUUGGAUUCGAAUAAUGUUUCAAGAAAAGCCUAUUAUUGAUGUUUUUGACAAAAGUAUGGUGCAAAACUACCAAGAAUUUGGAGAUCAAAUGGUUCAAUUGUUAGAACUAGCAAUUUGUUGUACUUUCAAGAAUCCUACUAAAAGACCUUCAAUGGUUGCAGUGACUAAUCAAAUAAAAUGGACAUGUAGUUUUAAAUCAUGA